UUCACUCAAUCAGCGCAAUGCGCGCAUUUAUGCUAAUGAUUUCGAUGCUACCGUCCAUCGCUGCGCUCUCGCUAAAGCCCAAACGAGGGUGGCAGGUCGUAACGAUGCGUCACUCGCGACCGAGUUAUGUGCCCGGGGAGAUCGCCGACCCAGGAUACGUGCGCAUCUUCGACACCACGCUUCGCGAUGGAGAGCAAUCCCCGGGCGCGACAUUAACUUCGUCCGAGAAGUUAGAUAUUGCCAAACAACUGGCAAACUUACAAGUCGAUGUUAUCGAGGCUGGGUUCCCGAUAGCAUCACCUGAUGAUUUCAAUGCCGUGCAACAGAUCGCCAGGAUUGUCGGUAAUAACGUUGAUGAGUUCGGCUAUGUACCGGUGAUAUGCGGGCUGUCUCGAGCAAACCUGCGGGAUAUUGAAUGCGCUUGGGAUGCAGUCAAAAGCGCAAGACUGCCACGUGUACACACGUUCAUUGCCACAUCUAAGAUUCAUAUGGAAACAAAAUUAUGCAAGACGCCCGAUGAAGUUCUGCGGAUUGCCGUUGAUGCAGUCACGUUUGCACGAUCUCUUGGCUGUGACGACAUUGAGUUUUCGCCUGAAGAUGCUGGGCGCAGUGAUGUUAAUUUCCUAGUCCGCGUACUUGAGGCCGUGGUCGACGCGGGUGCAACAACGCUCAACAUUCCAGAUACAACAGGAUGGAAUACGCCAUGGGAGUUUGGGGAACUCAUUGCCACAUUGCGGGCGCGGCUUGGCAUUCGUGCAGAACGUGUGGUAUUUUCCACACAUUGUCAGAAUGAUCUUGGUCUCGCAUCUGCCAAUUCGUUGGCAGGUGCUUACAGGGGUGCAAGGCAGAUCGAAUGUACUAUAAACGGCAUUGGCGAGCGCGCUGGAAAUGCAGCUCUUGAAGAAGUUGUCAUGGCCCUCCACUUGCGAGGCACCUCGGUCGCAGCUUUUGCAGACGGACCGCACCUGCGCACUGGUAUCAAUCCGACCUUCAUCACGCCAUGCUCGCGGAUGGUGUCUGAGUACACAGGUAUGGCUAUCCAACCGCAUAAAGCAAUUGUUGGGGCAAAUGCGUUUCGGCACGAGUCUGGUAUACACCAAGAUGGCAUGAUUAAAAAUAAGGCGACUUAUGAGAUAAUGACUCCUGAAUCAAUCGGUCUGGCUCGUGGGCAGGCUGAAUCGGGUGCGGGUAUCGUACUCGGAAAGCACAGUGGUCGCAACGCUGUUUCGACUCGUCUUAUUGAACUCGGCUACGAAAAUAUUGUCAAGGACCAGUCCAAGCUCGAAGCUAUCUUCACUCGUUUCAAGCAUGUGGCGGAGCGCAAAAAGGGAGGCCUUGAUGACGACGAGCUUGAAGCGCUCAUCUCAGAUGAGGCCUAUCAAAAUCUGCGUGCGCUUUGGACUUUAAUUGGUGCUCAGGUCACCACGGGCUCUGGAGUGAUUCCAUCUGCUACUGUUAGUAUGCAAGGCCCCGAUGGCGUGACGCGCCAUUCCGCUGUCACUGGCUCGGGACCAGUGGAUGCAGUGUACAAAGCAAUUGAUACGCUUACAGACGUGAAAGUAAAUCUAGAGACAUACAGUCUUGAGUCCGUCAAUGCCGGCAUUGAUGCCAUGGCCACUACCAAAGUUAUAAUCAAGCCACUGACUGGAACGCAGCUGGAGUCAGCUGCUGUUCACAGUCAAUCGGGGGCCACAACAAAUAGGCGCUUUUCUGGGUCUGGUACCGACACAGAUAUUGUGAUUUCCUCUGCGCGUGCCUACGUUGCCGCAGUGAACAAACUUCUCAACUGGAAUCUUCGCAACUCACUUCCUGGAAGUGGAAGUGUAGCGCUUCAACAGAUGGCAGGAGGCUACGAGGCUGCCAAAUAAAGCUACAAAAUAUACAGUACGAACGAUCCUGUUGUCGUGGGUAGCCUCAGACCAUGUGCCAAGAUCUCUCGGGAGAAUGACACUGACAAUAUCCGUCCCAGAUUUGACUUUGCUCGAGUAUUCAGAAAAAUCUUGAUUAAUCCGAGCGGACUCAACCCUAGAACACGCGAUGUUUUCCAGUUGUGAGGGCUGGAUACGGACCAAUGACUCACGUGAACCCCUUGGUGAGAGUCAUGUGACUGAACCGAUGUAGUCAGUCGACUCCGCCUGGCACAAUGUCGAUGUCACUGUCAAGCAUCCGUUGCGGCCGCAGCCGUCGGCCACGCGCCCGACCCUGGGUGCCGCCUCCAGGGGUCGCCCCAGCCCACGGGCGGGGAAUUUGGCGCGCUGUAGUUUGGACUUUAGUUUGGGCCCGGGGCCCGGCGCGCUGUAGUCUGGGCCCCGGGGCCUCGACGCCUGAGUAAGCCCCCUAGCUGCC